CACUCGAGCUAAAAACGAACCAUCAAAAGGCCUUCUAAGCAAGCGAAAUACGCACGUAAUUCUGAGGGUUUAUUAGGAACUGCCUACAUACCUCGGAGGAUAUCGGGUUCAGAUUCGUCUUCGAAGACCAUAACUGAGUGUUCAAGACCAACUUGCACCGCAUCACUCCUCUGAAACAGAAGCCCCUUUGGCGCUUGCGGCUGGAUCUUACACUCCGGAUCAACCCUCUGCGUCUAGUCGUGUUCCUCUUCCUCUAAACCUUGCCCCCUCGCCUCUGAGGGAGAAAGACCCAACGACCGCAUUACAUAACAGAGGAUAUCAACCGUAAGCAGUGAGAUUGAGAACUAUCUCAUCUCGCCAUUGGACCUGCUAUGCCUCACACACAUCCUUCUCCGAAGCUCGGACAAGGGUAUGCAUCCUCAAGACCUAGUAUUCAUAAUCGAUUGCAAUCAGGUCCAGGUCAAGCCGCUCAAUCCUCUCAGAGACCCCAUGCGCCGCGCCACACACUUUCCACCUCCACGACAUCGUCCUCACGCUAUCUCAGUCCGAUCCAAGAACAGCGUAUCUUAUCUUGGAGGGACAACACAGUGCCUUCUAAACCUGCUGAUUCUCCACGAAUGACCACCACCACUACCACACCCAAGAUCAAGUCUGCUCCGGCAUCACUUGCUUAUUCCAAAAGUACGCCAACUGGAUCAUCUGUGUACUCCAAGUGUCCCCUGUGCGCCGGCGCAAGUUCAUGCUCUUGUUCACCAUACGAACAGUCGGCCACUGGAGCUCAUCAGCCGCGGAGACAGAAAAGUUACUACAAGAAUUCGAAGACCAAGAGGGGGACUACGCCCUCCAGAACGGCCGUCUCACCAUUGACGCCGUCGACACCAGCCAGUAGCCCUCACCCACAGUCCGCCAAGACGGCUCAUAGGCAAAUGAGCACUGAUACAGGCUACUCCGAUUCCAUCAGGUAUACGCCUGAUCACGUUAAGGGGAGACUGGCAAGUCAUUAUGCCUCUGAACAAGGUACGAGCGAUUUCCGUACUCUGCCACCUGCACCUCCUACCUAUUCCUUCUCCCGACCAAACAAGAACGGCAUGCCAAGUCCUGAGCAGGUGAAAGCUUACUCCUCUGGAUCAGCUCCAACAGCUCAAUAUGGACCUCCUCCCACCGUUCCAUUACCUGAACCUCAGGUCGUUCCUCCCCCGGCUGGGCCAGCCAUGCAACCUCAGCUGCCACGGAUCGCAGGGGUCCGAGAUCCUGUAUCGCAGAAUUACUUCAGAAACAUGUUCCCUCCUGCUGCUGGACCAUUUGGACUACAGCCUGGCUUGCAUCCACCUCAACUGUUUGGGAUGCCAGCCGGAAGACCAAUGGGCUGAGAAUUCCGGCGAGAGAGAGAUUGCGGAGUUCAAGGGGGCAGACAAGAGGAUGUUAUACAUCUAAUCGAUCAUGCACCUAGCCCGAGAGCUUAUGG